UGGCUGGCUGGGGGAAUGCGGGGCGGUGGGCUGCUCCGAUGCUCCGGUCCCCGGAAGAGGAAGGAGCCGCCCGGCCUUGGGGAGUGGAGGGAGGCGGGCAGGCGGGCGGGGGAAGCCGGGCUCGGGGAUGGGCUGAGCCGCCCACUCCCCCCCCCCCAGCCCCGGAGGAAGGAACCGGAGCAUCGGCGCCUCCUCCAAGCCGGGGGCUGUCCGGGCUCUCCCCGCCUGCGGGAGCUGGAGGGCUCUCCAACCUUGGCAGCGAUAAGACCCGAGGACUUCAACUCCCAGAAUUCCCCAGCCGGAGUGGUGAUUUUGAGACCACAGCGGACGAAGGGAUUCCUCCAGAAGAUGUCACGAGUGGAUCCAGGCGUCGGGAGGGCAGAGGAAAACUCCUCCCGUGUCAUUUUUGCGGUGUUUCUCUCGCUGCUCAUCGAUCUCCUGGGCUUCACCCUAAUUCUGCCCCUCCUGCCUUCCAUACUGGAUCAUUUCAGCCAGAACAACGAUGGGCUCUACAGGAGGGUACAAGCCGGCGUGGACUGGUUCAGUGGCAGUCUUGGCAUUCCGCCGGAAAGGAAGUACAACAGCGUCUUGUUUGGAGGUCUUAUCGGCUCCCUGUUUUCACUGCUUCAGUUUCUGGCCUCACCACUCACCGGCGCCGCCUCCGAUUCCUUCGGGAGGCGACCAGCUCUGCUGGUCACUGCGCUUGGCCUCGUGGCGUCUUAUUCUCUGUGGGCCAUUUCCAGGAGCUUCGAACUCUUCCUUUGCUCCAGAGUCCUGGGCGGGGUCAGCAAAGGGAACGUCAGCCUUUGCACGGCCGUCAUCGCAGAUCUUCAGUGUCCGAAAGCUCGAAGCAAAGGGAUGGCCAUGAUUGGGUUGGCUUUCUCGCUGGGCUUCACCCUGGGGCCGAUGUUGGGCGCCUUCCUCGCUCUGGAGACGGAGAAGGACCAAGUCUUCUACACGAGAGCCGCCAUCUUUGCCACCAUCUUCGCUCUGGCUGAUUUCCUCUUCAUCUUCACCUGCUUGCCAGAGACGCUGCCGAAGGAAAAACGGGUGUCGUCCGUGGUGUCUGGCUUUCAGUCGGCCUUCAACCUGAUCAGUCCCUGGGCCUUGUUCCGGUUCUCGGCAGUACGUGAGAAGAUGGGAGGAGCAUCCAGAGACAGUCUCCAGAUUCUGGGCUUGGUGUAUUUUCUGUACCUCUUCUUAUUCUCUGGUCUGGAAUAUACGCUGGGGUUUCUUGUCCAUCAACACUUCCACUUUAGCAGUUUGGAACAAGGGAAGAUGUUCUUCUUCAUCGGUGUCACCAUGGCUGUGAUCCAAGGAGGCUACACUCGCCGGAUUGUGCCAGGAGCAGAACUGCGGAUGGUUAAAAUUGCAAUCAUGCUGUCAGCUCCUGGCUUUCUUUUAAUCGGCUGGAGCGCUAAUAUUAUCAUCCUCGGUGCAGGACUGUUGUUUUAUUCUUUCGCUGCAGCCAUAGUCGUCCCUUGCUUGUCUACGGUGGUAUCCAGCUACGGACUGGACAGUCAAAAAGGAACCGUGAUGGGUAUCCUAAGAAGUCUGGGUGCCCUUGCGAGAGCUCUUGGGCCGGUAGCAUCGGCAACAGUGUACUGGCUGGCCGGAGCGGAAGUCUGCUUCACCGUUUGUGCCUCUUUGUUCCUGCUGCCCUUCGUCCUGCUUCGGUGCAUGCCGAAGCAAAGCAAACAGGAGUAAACAACUCGGAUGGCGGUUUCCCCCACUCCCCGGAAACUCAAGAAUUCAACUUGAAUUUAAGAAACCGCGUUGAUCCUGGAAGACCUAACCAGGGACAUCGGGGUAUUUUUCACAACAGCCUUCCACCGUCUUUGCCUGUAUCUGAGCAGAGGUCCGUCUGCCUUCCAGUCUGGGUCUUUCCAUGGGAGUGUGUGUGUGUGUGUGUCAGGGUAGGAGGGUGAAGAUACCAACUUCCUCAAUCCACGAUGAACAAAGCCUCCAACAACCCAAGUCCACCUCCUUCCAGCCGGAAACACCUGGGAAUUUCAACGCUCAAAACGGGACGUUCACACACGGACACCUUGACGGAUUGGCCCACAAGCUCUCAUCUACCCUUUCUGCAAGUUGGGGUUGCAAAAUCGAUGGUCCGACGCCAUGCAUAGGUGACAAAAGUGCUUGCAUCCAAAUAGUUCUCGAAAGAGGCAUGGAUAGGAGGAAGAGACCACAGCAAAUACGUCAUCUGGAGGCACUUCUGUCAAGUUCCAUUUUGGCCCCGAGUUUCUAUAUUUCACUUAAGUGUCUUAACCGUAGCCAAGUCCUUUUUGAGGGAUUUCUGAGACAUUUUGACUUUUAAAACGAUGGCGUCUAAUUAUCCUUCCUUUCUUUUGUAUUGCCGAAAUCUCAAUGUAAUAUUUUCUACACUGCGUAAGGAGGUGUGUUUGAGGGGACUAUUUUCCAUUUUCUUUUUCCAUACAAUAAAACAAAACAGUUUUCAGUGGAGCUUCCUUGAA